AUGGUCCGGAACAAGAAGCCCCACAUCCUGGGGGGUACCCCGCACCGCCCGACCGGGACUCUUGAUGAGUUCGUGUGCACUCCGAGCACACUAAGCUGCAGCCGACCGCCUGACAACAUGGCGCCCGGCUCCCCAGGCAGUGAAAGCGCGGGAGAGCCCACCCUGGACGGCACGCAGGAUGACACACUCGCUCUGAUUAAACAGGAGCUGGCAAUGAUCUCCGCACAGAUGCUCACCAAGGCAGAUACAGGGGGGCUACUGAGAGAACUUCGGGCAGCCAUCAAAGAGGAAGUUGCAGCCCUGAGGAAGGAUCUCUCAUCAGUGGAAGUAAGAGUGGAGGCACUGGAAACGGAGGCCCAAGCAAGCCGCGCGCAGCACCAAGCGGCUGAACUCGCUACCACGCGCCAGGGGAACAUGCUCCUCUCCCUUCGGUGCCAAGUUGAAGAUUUAGAGAACCGCAGCAGACGUCAAAAUAUCCGGAUUCGGGGGCUACCCGAACCGGACACAGCGCCACUACAAGACACGCUGCAGGCCCUUUUCCGGCAGAUCCUUGGAGAGGAAUGCCCGGCGGUGAUCAAGCUGGACCGGGCACAUAGGUCCCUGGGGCCGCAGAGGCCUGAUGGCAGGCCGCGAGACGUCCUGUGCUGCCUCCAUGACUACAGCCUUAAGGAACGCCUCAUGACAGCUGCCCGAGGAAUGGCGGAUAUACCCUUCCGGGGAGCAAGCGUGGCCCUAUAUCAGGACCUGUCCGGCCUCACCCUGGACGCCAGACGGGCUCUCAGGCCCUUAACGACGACCCUGCGGGAGAAGGGAAUAGCCUACCGGUGGGGAUUCCCCUUCAGCCUCCAGAUUAGGCAGGGGAAUGCCUGGAUCCAAGUGCGCUGGCCAGAAGAUGUGCCCCGAGCCUUAAGAGCCUUGCGCCUACCACCUAUCCGCAUCAGGAAUUGGCUUCUGGAGACCCCGCUCGCACAGCUGCACGAAGUGGCGGAGGAAGGGCGCCCACCGUCGCCCCCGAGGAGAAGGGAGCGGGCACAGAGGAUGCUGGGAGGCCCGAGAGGCGUGGAGGAGUGAGGAGAGGAGCACUCGCGGCCUGGCAUCAGCCGGGCCGCAAGGUACUGGGGGGGAGCCGGGAUACGGGUCUGCACCUGCCCAUAGAGGGAGUAGGUUAGCCAGGUGGGGUGGGAGGCGUAGGCACCUCACAAGUCGCGGCUCACCCC